GUCCCCGCCCGCGCUGUAUAACAGAAUCAAACCGUUCAAAACCUGACGUCUCUCUCUCUCUCUCUCUCUCUCUGUAGAAAACAACAGAUAACAGAACACAGAAGAGAGAGAAAGAAUCAAUCAAUCAAUUUUCAAUGGGGUCUCUCUCUCCUCCUCCUCAAUCUUCAGACCUCUCUCUAUCCUCCAAACAAACCCUAAUCGUCCCAAACGACCUUCUCAACCUCUUCAAAUCCCAGCAGAAGUACCUUAAUUUCUUCUUCCAACAUCUCGAUCUCUCCCAAACCCUAGCCUUCACUCAAACCCUCUUGAAUUCCCAUGGCACCAUCUUCUUCUCCGGCGUCGGAAAAUCUGGUUUCGUAGCUCGCAAGAUCUCCCAAACCCUAGUGUCCCUCGGAAUCCGAUCUGGGUUUCUCUCCCCUGUCGAUGCCCUUCAUGGCGACAUCGGCAUUCUCUCCGACUCCGAUGUUCUCGUGAUGUUCAGCAAGAGCGGAAACACCGACGAGCUCUUGCGGCUCGUGCCGUGUGCCAAGGCCAAAGGUGCGUACUUGAUCUCUGUGACUUCCACGGAGUCGAAUUGCUUGAUGGAUUUGUGCGAUUUGAAUGUGUAUUUGCCUCUGGAGAGGGAAUUGUGCCCGUUCGAUCUUGCGCCGGUGACAUCAACUGCCAUUCAGAUGGUUUUUGGGGACACUGUGGCAAUUGCCCUGAUGGGUGCAAGGAAUUUGUCUAAGGAUGAGUAUGCCGCGAAUCACCCAGCUGGGCGGAUCGGGAAGAGCUUGAUUUUCAAGGUGAAGGAUGUUAUGAAAAAGCAAGAGGAACUUCCAGUCUGCAGGGAAGGAGAUUUGAUAAUGGAUCAGCUAGUAGAGCUAACCAGUAAAGGAUGCGGGUGCCUCCUUGUUAUUGAUGAUAAGUACCACCUUAUAGGAACAUUUACUGACGGUGAUCUGCGGCGCACCCUGAAAGCUAGUGGGGAGGGCAUCUUUAAACUCACAGUGGGAGAAAUGUGCAACAGGAACCCAAGGACACUUGGUCCCGGUGCAAUGGCAGUUGAAGCAAUGCAGAAGAUGGAAUCUCCUCCAUCCCCUGUUCAGUUCUUGCCUGUCAUCGAUAGUCAGAACAUCUUGAUUGGUAUUGUUACACUGCAUGGAUUGGUCUCAGCUGGCUUGUGAUUCCAUCCUCCAUUUUAUACAAUGGUUGAUUAUUUGUAAUUUUUUCAUAGAUCCUCCUACAAGGUGGUGUAUUUAUUCUUUAGAUUAUUAAUUCGGUACUCGUGAAGAAUGUCAAGAACUUAUUAUUUUCUUUGUUGAUGUAAUGAGUUUCUUGAGCCUCCUAUCUUAGAAUUUUGUGUUGAAAACACUAUUACUUCAAGAUUUGCUAAUCAAAUAGAUAAACACAAAAUUAU